AUGGCUACCCCCAAGGUUGGAAUCAACGGCUUCGGUCGUAUUGGCCGUAUCGUGUGCUCGUACAGUAUCGCCAGCGGUGACGUUGAUGUUGUUGCUGUCAACGACCCCUUCAUUGAGACUCACUAUGCUGCCUACAUGCUCAAGUAUGACAGCACCCACGGUCGCUUCCAGGGUACCAUCGAGACCUACGACGAGGGCCUCAUCGUCAACGGCAAGAAGAUUCGCUUCUUCGCCGAGCGUGACCCCGCUGCCAUCCCCUGGGGCUCCGCUGGCGCUGCCUACAUCGUCGAGUCCACUGGUGUCUUCACCACCACCGAGAAGGCCUCCGCUCACUUGAAGGGUGGCGCCAAGAAGGUCAUCAUCUCUGCUCCUUCUGCUGAUGCCCCCAUGUUCGUUAUGGGUGUCAACAACAAGGAAUACAAGACCGACAUCAACGUCCUCUCUAACGCUUCUUGCACCACCAACUGCCUUGCUCCCCUUGCUAAGGUUAUCAACGACAACUUCGGUCUCGUUGAGGGUCUCAUGACCACUGUCCACUCCUACACUGCUACCCAGAAGACUGUCGAUGCUCCCUCCGCCAAGGACUGGCGUGGUGGACGUACCGCCGCUCAGAACAUCAUCCCCAGCUCCACUGGUGCUGCCAAGGCUGUCGGCAAGGUCAUUCCUUCUCUUAACGGCAAGCUCACUGGUAUGUCCAUGCGUGUGCCCACCGCCAACGUCUCUGUUGUCGACCUCACCUGCCGUACCGAGAAGGCCGUCACCUACGAGGACAUCAAGAAGACCAUCAAGGCUGCUUCCGAGGAGGGCGAGCUCAAGGGCAUUCUUGGAUACACUGAGGACGACAUUGUCUCCACUGACCUGAUCGGAGAUGCCCACUCCUCCAUCUUCGAUGCCAAGGCCGGUAUCGCCCUCAACGAGCACUUCAUCAAGCUCGUCUCUUGGUACGACAACGAGUGGGGCUACUCCCGCCGUGUUGUUGACCUCAUUGCCUACAUCUCCAAGGUCGAUGGCCAGUAG